AACACAACAAAGCUUGGAAAUAGCCAUUAUUUCAACUAAGAAAAAUGAAAGUCACUAGCUAUUCUCGCAUUCUAAUAAUCUUGGCUGCCCUUGUAGGUUCUCUUGUUGUUCCCACGAAGGCUCAAGACAGCCAGCAAGACUAUGUAAAUGCUCACAACCAGGCACGGUCGCAGGUAGGAGUAGGCCCCAUACAGUGGGACGAGGGGGUUGCAGCCUACGCUCGGAGCUACGCAGAGAACCUAAAAGGCGACUGCAGACUCGUACAUUCCGGUGGGCCUUACGGGGAGAACUUGGCCGGUAGUAGCGGUGACUUUUCUGGCGUCGCUGCUGUGAACUUGUGGGUUAACGAGAAGGCUAACUACAACUACAAUUCAAACACGUGCAACGGGGUUUGCGGUCACUACACUCAGGUUGUUUGGAGAAAUUCAGUGAGACUCGGAUGUGCCAAAGUGAGGUGUAACAAUGGUGGAACCAUCAUUAGUUGCAAUUAUAAUCCUCGGGGGAACUAUGCGAACCAGAAGCCUUACUAAUGUGUGAUUAUGUUACAUAUACACACAUAUAUCAAACACGGACCUGCACAAAGGACGUGAAUAUAUAUUUCAAUAAGGAGCAUCAUAUGAAGGAUGUGUUAUGUGUAUCAAUAUUUAUUAAAUAAGAGCUGAGAUUACUA